AUGGAUGACGCUGCUGUUCUUAAGAAAAAAGGUUAUAUUUUGGGAGGUAUUCUUGGGGAGAGCUCCUUUGCUAAAGUGAAAUCGGCCUACUCGGAACGCCUAAAAUUCAACGUGGCUGUAAAAAUCACAGACAGGAGGAAAGUUCCGACGGAGUUCUUAGAAAAAUUUCUGCCCCGGGAGCUGGAGAUUUUGUCCACUGUGAACCACUGCUCAAUCAUCAAGAUCUACGAAAUCUUCGAGACCUCUGGGAAAGUGUACAUCGUGAUGGAGCUCGCGGUGCAGGGAGACCUGCUGGAAUUUAUCAAGAGCAACCGCGGGCUUCCGGAGGAAGUGGCUCGCAGGAUGUUUCGCCAGCUGUGCUGUGCUGUGAAAUACUGCCAUGACUUAGACGUGGUGCAUCGGGACCUCAAAUGUGACAACGUCCUGCUGGACAAGGACAUGAACGUCAAAUUGUCCGAUUUUGGGUUUUCCAAGCGGUGCUUCCGGGAUGGGAACGGCAAAAUCAUUCCCAGCCAGACCUUCUGUGGUUCUGCAGCUUAUGCUGCUCCAGAGGUCAUCCAGGGGAUACCUUACCACCCCAAAGUUUAUGAUAUGUGGAGCUUGGGUGUUAUCCUGUACGUCAUGGUCUCCGGGUACAUGCCGUACGAUGACUCCAACGUCAAGCGGAUGCUCCGGCUGCAGAAGGAACACCGAGUGCUCUUCCCAGAGUAUUUGAGCAUCGAGUGCAAAGAUCUAAUUUUCCGCAUGCUUCAGCCUGAUGUUUCUCAUCGGUUACGGAUUGAAGACGUGCUGAACCAUGUUUGGGUGCAGGGAAAGCGCCUGAAGUCACACAGACUGUGA